AUGUCCGACGCUGAUUUCGAAGCUGUACGGAAGCUCCAAGCUGAGCGGAACGCUGCUGCAUCUGCGAAGAAAGGUUCUAGGACCUUUGAUCCGUCUAGCCAGCGCACUGACAACUCGACCAAGGCCUCCCUGACUGAAUCCUUCGAUACCACCCUCUACGAACGCGAGGGCGCUGACAGAUAUGCGGGAUACGACACAUCCAUCGCCGUUAAUGGCGAAGAUGAAGACAUGGAGGAUGCGGACGGAGGCCACCGUCUGGUGGGCCAAUAUACCGCGACAAGGAGCCAGAUCGAUGAAUUUGCCCAAGGCAAUGGUGUGGAAGAGGAGGACGUUCUUCUGGGCCGCGAGAAGGCGGCCAGGAUUGCUGAUCGCGAAACGGACUAUCAGAAGCGUCGCUUCAACCGCGGUCCGCUGACGCCUACACGAGCUGAUCCGUUUGCCGCGAACACACAUGCAAACGUGGAAGGAGAGGGCCAGACCUACCGUGAGGUUAUGGCUCUACGUGAGCUUGAGAAAGAAGAAGAGCGUGUUCAGAAGCUGAUCGCAGAGAAGCAGGCUCGUGGAGAGGACGAUGUUCAGGAGCAUGAGGCCACCUUGAAGUCGGAGGACAAAGAAAACGCCGAAGCUGGCUCGACCGUUUCGGUCGCCACCGACACCAAGGCCAAGAGAUCCCGCUGGGAUCAAACGCCUGCACCUGCCGUCCCUGGCGCCGCCGCCGAGGAAGCCCCUAAGCGUCGUUCUCGAUGGGAUCAAGCGCCGGCCAUUGCGGCAUCCACCCCCGUGGGUAACCAAGGGCUUGCUACCCCGAUGCAUCCUUCUCAAGUAGGUGUGCCUAUGAUGCCCACCAGCUUUGGAACUGAUAUCUCUGCACGCAAUGCUCCUCUGUCGGAUGAAGAACUUGAUAUGAUGCUGCCCUCGGAGGGCUACAAGAUCCUCGAGCCUCCUCCGGGCUACGCCCCAAUCCGGAACCCCGCGAGAAAGCUUAUGGCGACACCGGCACCAAUGGCCAGUGCGACAGGAGUUGGAGGUUUUAUGAUGCAGGAGCCAGAGAGCGCCCGUGCGAUGGGCAAGCAGCUACCGACCGAAAUUCCCGGUGUUGGUGACUUGCAGUUCUUCAAGCCGGAAGAUAUGGCCUACUUUGGAAAACUUAUGGAAGGUGGGGAUGAGAGUGCGAUGUCCGUGGAGGAGCUGAAGGAAAGGAAGAUUAUGAGACUGUUGCUGAAAGUGAAGAACGGCACUCCGCCUAUGAGAAAGACUGCACUGCGUCAGCUUACAGACAACGCGCGGCAGUUCGGUGCCGGCCCUCUCUUCAAUCAGAUUCUCCCACUUCUUAUGGAAAAGUCCCUUGAAGACCAAGAGCGCCACUUGUUGGUCAAGGUUAUUGACCGUGUCCUGUACAAGCUGGAUGAUCUCGUUCGUCCCUAUGUUCACAAGAUCCUGGUCGUCAUCGAGCCCUUGCUCAUUGACCAAGACUACUAUGCUCGUGUCGAGGGUCGUGAAAUUAUCUCCAACUUGGCCAAGGCGGCCGGUCUUGCCACGAUGAUUAGUACGAUGCGUCCCGAUAUUGACCAUGUCGAUGAGUACGUCCGUAACACGACUGCUCGAGCAUUUGCUGUCGUUGCUUCUGCGCUUGGUAUCCCUGCACUUCUACCCUUCCUUCGUGCUGUGUGUCGGAGUAAGAAGUCGUGGCAGGCCAGGCACACUGGUGUCAAGAUUGUUCAGCAAAUUCCUAUCCUUAUGGGCUGUGCCAUUCUUCCCCAUCUGAAGGGGCUGGUCGACUGUAUCGCCGACAACCUGAGCGACGAGCAAGCUAAAGUCAGAACCGUCACUGCUUUGGCCGUGGCUGCUUUGGCCGAAGCUGCCAACCCGUACGGUAUCGAGAGUUUCGAUGAGAUCCUCAACCCCUUGUGGACUGGAGCUCGGAAGCAGCGUGGUAAGGGUCUGGCAGCGUUCUUGAAGGCAGUCGGUUACAUCAUCCCUCUCAUGGACGAGGAAUACGCGAACUACUACACUAGUCAGAUCAUGGAGAUCCUUCUUCGUGAAUUCUCCUCUCCCGACGAGGAGAUGAAGAAGGUCGUCUUGAAGGUAGUGUCGCAGUGUGCUAGCACUGAUGGUGUGACAGCCAGCUAUCUGAAGGAGCACGUGUUGACCGACUUCUUUAAGAGCUUCUGGGUGCGACGUAUGGCGCUGGACCGGAGGAACUAUCGCCAGGUUGUUGAUACGACCGUGGAUCUUGGCCAGAAGGUCGGUGUGGGUGAGAUCUUGGAGCGCGUCGUGAACAACCUCAAGGAUGAAAGCGAGCCCUACCGGAAGAUGACUGUGGAGACCGUGGAGAAGCUUAUUGCAGCCCUUGGAGCUGCCGAUAUCUCCGAGAGGCUGGAGGAACGACUCAUUGAUGGUGUUCUCUAUGCCUUCCAGGAACAGAGCAUCGAGGAUAUUGUGAUUCUGAACGGUUUCGGAACGGUGGUCAACGCCCUGGGCACUCGCUGCAAGCCUUACCUCCCUCAGAUUGUCAGUACCAUCCUCUGGCGGUUGAACAACAAAUCCGCCACGGUCCGUCAGCAGGCUGCGGAUCUGAUCUCGCGCAUUGCAAUGGUCAUGAAGCAGUGUGGAGAAGACGCUCUGAUGGGCAAGCUUGGUAUUGUGCUCUACGAAUACUUGGGUGAAGAAUACCCCGAGGUGCUUGGUUCCAUCCUUGGUGCUCUUCGUUCGAUCGUCACUGUCGUUGGUAUCAACCAGAUGCAGCCUCCUAUCAGAGAUCUGCUGCCUCGACUCACUCCUAUCCUGCGUAACCGUCACGAGAAGGUGCAAGAGAACACGAUCGACCUGGUCGGUCGUAUUGCCGACCGUGGCCCCGAAUCGGUCAACGCCCGCGAGUGGAUGCGUAUCUGCUUCGAGCUGCUGGACAUGCUGAAGGCUCACAAGAAGGGUAUCCGUCGUGCUGCCAACAACACAUUCGGUUUCAUCGCCAAGGCCAUCGGUCCCCAGGAUGUGUUGGCGACGCUGUUGAACAACCUCCGUGUCCAAGAACGUCAAUCCCGUGUCUGUACCGCCGUCGCCAUCGGUAUUGUGGCUGAGACUUGUGCACCUUUCACCGUCCUGCCGGCCCUGAUGAACGAAUACCGUGUGCCCGAACUGAACGUCCAGAACGGUGUGCUCAAGGCCAUGUCCUUCUUGUUCGAGUACAUUGGCGAGAUGGCCAAGGAUUACGUCUACGCAGUCACGCCUCUUCUGGAGGAUGCUCUCAUCGAUCGCGACCAGGUGCACCGGCAGACCGCAGCCAGCGUUGUCAAGCACAUCGCGCUGGGCGUGGUUGGUUUGGGAUGUGAAGACGCAAUGGUGCAUCUGCUUAACCUGGUGUUCCCCAACAUCUUCGAGACCAGCCCCCACGUCAUCGACCGUGUCAUUGAAGCCAUUGAUGCGAUCCGGAUGGCAGUCGGCACCGGUGUGGUCAUGAACUACGUGUGGGCAGGCUUGUUCCACCCGGCGCGCAAGGUGCGCACGCCGUAUUGGCGACUGUACAACGAUGCGUACGUGCAGAGUGCGGACGCGAUGAUUCCCUACUACCCCGGCCUGGAAGACGAUGGUCUGGACCGGACUGAGUUGUCUAUCAUAGUUUGA